UUAUAUUUUUAGCUGAACUUUUACAUUUUUCUGCAGUUUGUUAAUUGGGAUAUAGACAGUUUUUGUUUGUAUUUAGUCUUUGAAGGGCCUUGAAGGCCCGCGAAUUCCAAUAUGGCUGCAAUACGGACUAUUUUAAAAGUUAAUUCAGUAUCUAAUCUUUCACUGAAUUUACCAAAAGUGUCAUCCGUGUGUUCAAUUCAGAAGGUACGACACUACAGCAAUGCACCUUUGAAAGAUGAAGAUAGAAUAUUCACCAAUCUUUAUGGUCGCCAUGACUGGAAAUUGAAGGGAGCCAUGUCAAGAGGAGAUUGGUAUAAGACUAAAGAAAUAAUACAGAAAGGUCAUGAAUGGAUAUUGAAGGAAAUCAAAGACUCUGGGUUGAGAGGUCGGGGUGGAGCUGGAUUUCCUACCGGAAUGAAAUGGAGUUUCAUGAAUCGACCUCCUGAUGGAAGGCCCAAAUACCUGGUUGUGAAUGCAGAUGAAGGAGAACCAGGAACAUGUAAAGAUCGAGAGAUCAUGCGACACGAUCCUCAUAAACUGAUAGAAGGUUGUUUGGUUGCUGGAGCAUCUAUGGGCGCUCGUGCUGCGUAUAUUUAUAUCAGAGGAGAGUUCUACAAUGAGGCUUCUAAUUUAAAUGUUGCCAUUAGAGAAGCCUACAAUGCUGGAUUAUUAGGUCACAAUGCCUGUAAUUCUGGAUAUGAUUUUGAUAUAUUCGUUCAUCGAGGUGCUGGCGCUUAUAUUUGUGGAGAAGAAACUGCUCUCAUUGAAAGUUUGGAAGGAAAACAAGGAAAACCAAGAUUGAAACCUCCUUUUCCCGCUGAGAUUGGUGUCUUUGGUUGCCCAACAACAGUAGCCAAUGUUGAGACUGUUGCUGUUGCUCCAACAAUCUGUCGCCGUGGAGCUACAUGGUUCGCUGGUUUUGGUCGAGAACGCAACACUGGAACUAAACUUUUUAAUAUUUCUGGCCAUGUCAAGUAUCCCUGCACAGUGGAAGAAACGAUGAGUAUCCCACUGAAGGAUCUGAUUGAAAGGCAUUGUGGUGGAGUGACAGGAGGCUGGGACAACUUACUUGCCAUUAUUCCUGGAGGAUCAUCAACUCCUCUCAUACCUAAGAGUGUGUGUGAUGACGUUCUCAUGGAUUUCGAUGCUUUGGUUGAAGCACAGACUGGCCUGGGAACUGCAGCUGUUAUUGUUAUGGAUAAAAGUACGGACAUCAUUUACGCUAUUGCAAGAUUGAUCGAAUUUUAUAAACAUGAAUCAUGUGGACAAUGUACUCCUUGCAGGGAAGGAGUGUCAUGGAUGAACCAGACAAUGGAGAGAUUUGUCAAAGGAGAUGCAGAUCCUGAGGAAAUCGAUUCAUUGUGGGAAAUAUCAAAACAAAUUGAAGGACACACAAUAUGUGCUUUGGGUGAUGGAGCAGCAUGGCCUGUACAGGGUUUAAUUAGACAUUUCCGACCAGAAGUUGAAGAGAGAAUGCGACAAUUUCAUGAAAAACAUCAGAAAUCAGUUUCACAAUAAAGCAACAACAUUCUAAAACUUUAAUAUUUAUUAUAUUCUGUUACAUGUGUGUGGGAAUAAACAAAGUUAUUUCGGAGAAUC